GUUGUGCUGGGUGCUGCCUGCAGGGUUUCUUCCAUCUCGCUCCAGACCCCAGGCUUCUCUGAAAUCCAUGCAUCUCGCUCAGCUGCUCCAGGGAGGCUCAACAGAUAUUUUGCAAUGCUGAGAACACCCUCAGCUUGUCUCCUGACCGUAACUGGCUAAAUAAUGGCCCUGACAAGGACCGAAGUAUGGCAUCACGCUUCUGCUCUCUCUUUCCUGCCAAUACAGAGGAGCCUUAAGACCAAGAUUCUGCAAAAGCAUGGCACAAAACAAGCCUGGAUGAGGUGAGAAGGGGGACGUUUGCCUGCUACGUGCGAUGCCAAGCACAAAAGUACUGCAGUGGCAUGGAAAUCCUCAGGCUGGAGGGUGAGAGUUCUACAUGCAGAAGAGCAGACUCUGGAAUACAGCCACGGUGGAAAAGAGAGACCGUGUGGCAUGUGGCCGAGUUUGUGUCACCUCUGUGCAGGGAUGCCAACAGGAGCAAGGCAAGCAUGUUUCCAUCAGGUGAUUCUCCUGCAGGGAAAGCUCCCACUUUUCCUACUUGUGUCUCUGUGAAUACAGACCCAGCUCCUUUCCAUGUAGCACGGUGCGAGGGCUGCAUCGAGCCCAGCCUGUUUUUCUCCCACAUAUUGCCUCCUGCAUGCAAGCAUUGCCAGUUGCUCUUGUCAUUCCUUUCCCCAGCAGACUGUUUACUGCUGAGAUUUGUGCAACAGCUUGUGCAAUGUCCCUGUGCUGGCUGGGCUGCAGCCCGGGUGCUGUUUGCAGAGCCAACCGACUUUGGGGGAGCGGCCGUGGGUUCAGCUGGGCGUGGGUUUGGCUGAGCAUUUACAAUGAUACGUGUGGCCCCCGUAGGUGUGUCAGAUACGCGGCCUGAGGAGCUGCUGGGUCUGAAAUGGGAGCGUCAUUUUCAAAUAAUCCCCUUGCGUUUCUCAGAGGAACAAGUUGGGGCAGGCCUAAUUAACUGGGAUAAGCACAGCCUCGUCUCAAUUCCCUUCCCCGUUUUUUCUGCCCUGCGUUUCCCACGCGAGUGCUGUAUUGGGGUUAAUCUGGGUGUCCGUGUCAAGCUGCGCUGUUCUCCUACACCACGUCAGCACCGGUUGGGGCAGAAGAGCGCAGAGAGGGGCAGGCCGGCCCGCGGCCCCUGCCCUGCUCAGAUAAGGGAGUGCGGCUGGAAUUUGCCCCCGGCACAGCCCGCACCCCGCGCGCAGCUGUCGAGCGGCUGUGCUGGUGCUGCCGUGCAGGACAGAAGCGAAGGGAGCAAACCCUCACGGUGCGGAACCAAGCGCUGAGCGGCCAUGGGGAGGAUGGCGGAGGUCGUGGGCCGGGCGAGAGCCGCCUUCAGCUCGGGCCGGAGUCGGCCGCUGGAAUUCAGGCUGCAGCAGCUGAGGAACCUGGAGCGGAUGGUGCAGGAGAAGGAGCGGGAGAUCGUGGCGGCCAUCGGGGCGGAUCUGCACAAGUGCGGUCACAACGCGUACAGCCACGAGAUCAUGGGGGUGCUGGGGGAGCUGGCCCUGACCAUGGAGAAGCUGCCGUCGUGGGCGGCCCCUCGGCCAGUGAAGAAGAACCUCCUGACGCUGCGGGACGAGGCGUACAUCAACCCCGAGCCGCUGGGGGUGGUGCUGGUGAUCGGGGCCUGGAACUACCCCUUUGUGCUGGUCAUGCAGCCGCUGAUCGGGGCCAUCGCCGCAGGCAAUGCGGUGGUGGUGAAGCCGUCAGAAAUCAGUGAGAACACGUCCCAGCUGAUUGCCAACAUCCUCCCUCAGUACCUGGACCCGGAGCUGUACCCGGUAGUCACUGGGGGAGUGCCUGAGACGACAGAACUGCUGACACAGAGGUUCGAUCACAUCCUUUACACCGGGAACUCUGCUGUGGGCAAAAUUGUGAUGGCAGCGGCUGCCAAGCACCUGACACCCGUCACCCUGGAGCUGGGUGGGAAGAGCCCCUGCUACAUCGACACGGACUGUGACCUGGCCGUCGCCUGCAGGCGGAUAACGUGGGGGAAGUACAUGAACUGCGGGCAGACCUGCAUUGCCCCGGACUACAUCCUGUGCCACCCAUCCAUCCAGAGCCAGGUGGUGGAGAACAUUAAGGCAACGCUGCAGGAGUUCUAUGGGGAAGAUGUGAAAAAGUGUCCGGAUUAUGAAAGGAUCAUCAACAAACGUCACUUCAAGAGGAUUGUGAGCCUGCUGGAAGGGCAGAAGAUUGCCCAUGGGGGAGAGACCGAUGAGGCUUCCUGCUUCAUAGCACCCACCAUCCUCACGGACGUUUCUGCGGAGUCCAAAGUGAUGGAGGAGGAAAUCUUUGGGCCGGUCCUGCCCAUCCUGUCUGUGAAGAACGUGGAUGAAGCCAUCGAGUUCAUCAACCGUCGGGAGAAGCCGCUGGCUCUCUAUGUCUUCUCUAACAACAAGAAGUUAAUCAAGAGAGUUAUCUCAGAAACCUCCAGUGGAGGUGUUACUGGAAAUGAUGUCAUCAUGCAUUUCUUCCUUGCAACCUUACCCUUUGGUGGCGUCGGGAACAGCGGGAUGGGUGCCUACCACGGCAAGCACAGCUUUGACACCUUCUCCCACCACCGCUCCUGCUUGAUCAAGGAUCUGAAGAUGGAGGGCACCAACAUGGUCCGGUACCCUCCCAGCAGCCAGAAGAAGUUGGGCUGGGCCAAAUUCUUUUUUCUGAAGCGAUUUAACAAGGGCCGCCUGGGGCUGAUCAUGUUGGCUAUGCUGGGCGUUAUAGCAGCGGUGGUGAUAAAGAACCACCAGUCUGUGCUGAAGAGAAAAGCUCUCUUGGUUGCGCUGGCCAUUCAGAGGCGGGGCUGGCUCAGUGUGUGUUAAGGAGGAGCAGGUUUCAGAGCACUGCUGUUGCUGUUACGGUGAGAUGGCUUUCUAGUGAAGAGAGGAGAAGGUGCCAUAACCUGUGUGCAAGUCAUAUUUUGGGUGCUCACAUCGUGUCUGUUUCUUUCACUUCAGUCCUAUUUUUCUUUUGAGCUGGUUUAUUUCUGUGAGCUGCUGAGCACGCAGAGCAGCCUUGGGAAGGCACUAACCACGAGAAGGCCUGGACUCCUGCCUACUAACAAGCCACACUGAAACAGAGGGACCAGUGGAUGCAAGCUCUCAAAAGGAGAACUGAAGAGCAAGAAAUACAGCACCUGACACCACCCCCAUGCCCUGCAGAGCGCUGCUUCCAGGAACACACACCCCAUGUCUUACACCAAACUGCUUGGCUUCUUCCACUGACAAACAGGAGCUCGUGUUUCAGCUGUAAUUGCUCUGUUUUCCAUGCGGUUCUGGGGACGGUCUCUUCUGUUGUGUUCCAGCCAGCCGUGCUCCUGGUGACGGGUGUGAGGCAGGCUGUGCUGCUGCUGUGUUUGUUCCAAUUGUGUUGGUUAUGAAUCAAUCAGGUGAGGUUCCCGCUUGCCAUCUACUUGGGGUGAAACAUUCCUGGAUCCCUGUGAGCCAGAAGCAUCCACAGCUGUCGGGUGGUGCAGGCUGACUCCUUUUGGGGGCUGUGGUUUGCGUCGUGCGCCUGUAGCAAUUAUUUGACAAUUAGAAGACUACAAAGAAGAUACGUGCCAUGGCUGUAUUUUACUAAUGAGAAAGGACUCCCCUGAACAGGGGAAAGCAAUUACUGAGUGUGUGUACCCUGAUGGCUUUGAGCUUCUGGGUCUGCUAUGGUCUUGCACUGGGUUAUGACAUGGGACCUAUUCUACUGGGGAGAGGGUGGUGGAGAAAUUUGAGGUGGAAGGACCCUGUAAAUGUUGUUUGAAGAAAAUCUGAAAGUGAUGACUGGAUGCAUCUCUCAGCAAAUAGUAAUCACUACGCAGUAGGUGGGAUUUCUUCACGUCUGGUGAAAAUCCACAUGCUAAGGCUUUUUAAUGAAUUAUUUUGCAAAUACAAAAUAAAUACGAAGAAUUUAAAUAAUAAA